AGCUGAUCUUCUCCUUCCGGGUCGGGGCCAUGGCGGUGGCAAAUUCAAGUCCAGUCAAUCCGGUGGUCUUCUUUGAUGUCAGCAUUGGCGGCCAGGAAGUUGGUCGCAUGAAGAUCGAGCUGUUUGCAGACGUGGUGCCUAAGACGGCAGAGAACUUUAGGCAAUUCUGCACUGGAGAGUUCAGGAAAGAUGGUGUUCCGAUCGGAUACAAAGGAAGCACCUUCCAUAGGGUCAUAAAGGAUUUCAUGAUUCAGGGUGGAGAUUUUGUUAAUGGAGAUGGUACUGGAGUCGCUAGCAUUUACCGCGGUCCAUUUGCAGAUGAAAAUUUUAAACUUAGACACUCGGCUCCAGGCCUGCUUUCCAUGGCAAACAGUGGUCCCAGUACAAACGGCUGCCAGUUCUUUAUCACAUGUUCUAAGUGUGAUUGGCUGGAUGGGAAGCACGUAGUGUUUGGAAAAAUCAUUGAUGGACUUCUGGUGAUGAGAAAAAUCGAGAAUGUUCCCACGGGCCCUAACAAUAAGCCCAAACUGCCAGUGGUAAUCUCCCAGUGUGGGGAAAUGUAAUCUAGACCAAGACUGAACCAGGUCUUCAGUGUUGGGUGACACUCCCCUUGAGUCUGACAAGCUGGACUGACCUCUGCCUCCACAGUGUGUGAACCAGGACCUGGAAGUCUCACAAAUCAGAAUCAAGAUCUUGUUUAAAUUUUGAACUGUAAAUAAAGGAUUUUUUUUUAA